AUGUCCAACCUUCCCGGUCUCCUCAUCGACAUUCCCCGCAACCCCAUCCUUGCGGUCGGAAUCCCCGUCGCCGUCGGCGUUGUCAAUGGAUUUGCUACUAAGAAGUCCAACUACUCUGCUGACUCUGUCUGGUACAAGUCGCUCAAGAAGCCCAGCUUGAACCCUCCCAGCAGCUACUACGGCAUUGUCUGGCCCGCUCUGUACGCUUCCAUGGGCUGGGCCUCCCACUUGACCGUCAAGGCGCUCGACCGUACUCCCCCCGGUUUCGGCCGCGAGACGGCCAAGAAGGCGCUCACUCUCUACUGGGUCCAGCUCGGCCUGAACGCGCUCUGGUCGCCCCUCUUCUUUGGUGCCGGAAACGUCGGCCUUGCUCUGGUCAACAUUGGCGCCCUUACUGGAACUGUCGGCUACUGGGCUGCCACGGUCAAGGACGUCGACGAGACCGCCGGCCUGCUCGCUAUCCCUUACGUCGGCUGGCUGCUCUACGCCACCUACCUCAACGGUAGCAUCUGGUGGCAGAACUACGGCUCGGCCAAGUUUGGCAAGCUCAAGAAGGACGCCAAGGACCUCUGA